CCUAUUUCCAAAAUGUAUUCCACUCCAGCAGCCACCUCUGGUCCAAAGCCCUCCUCCUCAGGGCUUUGUCCUGAGCACCCUUCCAACCGUAGAGCUACCUUCUGCUCCAAAUGCAAACUUCUCCUCUGCAUGAAAUGCUUCACUGCUCACCACAUAGACCACGAAUUUCUUCUAGUAGAUUCCUUCGGUGAAAAGUUGAUUUCCGAUCUCGAAGAACGUAAGAAGAUCAAGGACAAGAUCCUAAAAGAGACUUCAAACCCUGAGAAGGACUUAUUCGGCCCUAAAACCCCUAGUGUCAAAAGAUUCGUGAAAGAAUGCAGGAAGCGGCUGCAAGCAGCCGUUGAUAGCAUCCAAGCGAGUAUGGACAAUAACGAUCUGGUCCAGAUCCUUAGUAAACGAAAGGAUUAUUUUGCGUUGAUAAGAGACACAAGCACUAUUUUGGGAAAACUUAACAAGCUGUGCAGUGAGGUAAGAAAGAAGAAAGAGCAGGAAGGAGGAAAAGAUGUUGAUACUGAUGCAACAGAAGGGCCAAUUGAAAUGGUUGAUGUGAAUUCUGAUAAGAAAACGGAUGAUUUUGUAUCUAGUAAUUUUGAUGUGAGUAAGACGAUGAAUCAUGAAGAUUGUAAAACUGAUGAUCCUGCUGAAAAGGCACUGAAGAAUGAGAGGAGCAAAAAGUCUUCAAUGGAAGACAAAGUUCUUCUAGAUACCUUAAAACUCCUAGAAUCAAAAGAAGAAUCAUACCUCAUAUUCCAAACAUCUCAUAAACAAUCUCCCAGUGGAAUUUACUUAUUCAACCCCAAAAACAACACAAUAAAGGCCAAAGUAACCUUCUCCUGUCCUUCCGAGACCCUCCUCAACAUAGAAUACGUCCGUCCUCACCACCGUGUCUACUUCCUGCUCGGAAAAUUCACCACCUCCACUACCACCUACACCCUCUACGAAUACCACAUCCCCAGCCGCACAAUGCGCCUUCUCUACCUCGACAAGCCCAGUCGCCCCUACUACACCACAAUGGUCCAAUCCCAAAACCUCAUCUCCAUAAUCCAGGUCAACUACCAAACAGUCUCCCUAUCCCUCCCCUCCUGUUCCUUCACCAGUCAGAUCCCACCUCUCCUCACCGACUACGGCACCAAAACCCAGUUCAACCCUUUAUGAAUAAACAGCCGCUACAUCUACAUCCUAGUCACCCACUACACCACUACUGAAAAAUACCUCUUCGCUUGUGACACAAGUCAAAAUCCUACACAGUGGAAAUCUUUCAAUUUCGGACACACCAUGCACGAUUGGGGUAAAUUUUGACUGGUGCCGAUCUUGGACAGUACAAAAAUUUUAGUUUUUGGAGAAGCGAGGUUGAGGAAGGGCGAUGAGCAUGUGUAUGUGCUGGAUUUGGUAAGUGGGGAAAUUUUUAAAGCGUAUGAGAAGGAUUAUUUGGUAGAGGAAAGUGAGGAUUUUUAGGGGAAAUCAGGUGGUGAAGUGGGGGAAAAGGUGGUAUUGAGUGGGGCAAAGGGAUUUGUACGUGUUUGAUGAUGAUAGGGACGUGGGAGGGGUAAAAAAACCAGGGUUUUGGAGGGUGGAAGGCAUGGGGAGUAAAUCUGUAAUUCAAUAA